CUGUGCGCCCGCCACUUCGGGUACCUUACCCCUUCCCUCCCUCUCCCACUCUGGCAAUGUCAGUGCCACCUGGCAAAUGAAAAUGAAAGAGGAGCUGAAAGGAAGGAUCUGGUCCCAACAGUUCCAACCCAACCUCCCCUUGUUAGCGGAAGCGGCCUCGGAGACGGGAUGGGCCUGCCCACAGGGCCAGUGGGAAACCCAGGGUUCCAGAGGCAGCAGCAGGUGAAGGAAGGGCGGGGUCGUUGUAAAUCCUCCCCUCCCGGCCGGCUGGGACAGGUUAGGGCCUAGGUCAGUGGCUUCGCCAUUGACUCCAACUGAUCUGAGCCUCACUUUCCCCAUCUGAAAAACGGACUUCCGACCUCGCGUUCCCGUCCCCCUCCGGCUAAAAGACUCCGAAGUGUUAGAGAUGGGCUCUUUGAGGGGGACAAGGGUCCGUCAGGACUGCGGCCACGAGGGCCAGGCAGUCUGUGUUCCCAACUCUCCCAUUCUCUACGGAGAUUCCAGGCACAACCCGCUCCACGACGCCCUUGAGAACUACAUUUCCCGGCAUGCAACGGGGUGGCGGAGGCGGUGCCUGCUGUUCUCGGGUAACGGGAUCCUGGGUCCGCUCGGGGCCUACGACUCCCGGCAUGCCCCGCGGCGAAAAGCCCGGAUGCGGAAGCGGAUGUGGCUUGCUGCUCCCGUGGCGGAGCGCUGGGGACAUGGCCACGGGGACAGACCAGGUGGUGGGAUUCGGCCUCGUCGCCAUUAGCCUAAUCGUCUUCACCUACUACACCGCCUGGGUCAUUCUUUUGCCUUUCAUCGACAGCGAGCAUGUCAUCCACAAGUAUUUCCUGCCCCGAGCCUAUGCUGUCGCCAUCCCACUCGCUGCGGGCCUCCUGCUGCUCCUGUGCGUGGGACUGUUCAUCACCUACGUGAUGCUGAAGAACCAGAAGGUGACCAAGAAGGCUCAGUGACAGCCCUGCAGGGAUGAGGCUGCAGGACCCUCCUCGGCCUCCCCUCCAGUGCAGGGACCAGGGGUGGGAACCUGCGAGAGGGUCCAGGCAUUGUGGGCCACUGAGCCUGGCUGUUCUGCAGAUAUCCCUGAGGGGUGGGCUGUUCAAGACUCACCCCCGACUGACUGGAGCCCCUUCCCCUGCUCACCUUUCCGCAAACCGGGAGCGGGGAAGACCUGGAAGUCUCCCUCUCAUCUGCUCUGGCUGAGGCCUGCAGGAUGCUGGUCCUUCCCACCUCACUUCCAGACUCCCUGAUACUUUUUCCUUGGGGUUCCACCCUCUUGCCUCAGUCUCCCUCCUAUCAUGUGCUGCUGUUGGACUCAGCAGGUUCUUGGGCAGGACCUGACCUCUCCCUGCAACUCCUGCUUCUCCACAAGGGCAGUGCUGCUGGGUCUGACUGGCCCCACCAGACUUCUGGGCCUGAAGAGCCUCAGGGGAGGGCUGGCGGGCUCCAGGGCCGCCCCAGGCCUCAGACCACGUUCCAUGAGGAGCCGGGCCCCCAGCCCCAGGCUGGCCUGCUGAGGGCAGCUGACAAUAAAUGUCGAUCGUGCGUC